CCCAAAUCUGCGUUCCCAUUCUGUGACUGGAAUAAUGCUGCUGUCAUUGAGGGUCUUUUAACCCGGUCACAACAUUGCGAAGUUGUGGAGGGUUUUCUCGGUUGCCAUGGAUUUCUAAAAGCUAUUGACUGCGAUAGGGUCCCUUUCUCUGAACGUCUUUGUAGAACCUAUGAGUUUUUCUUCUUUUUCACAAGGGGGGCGAUAGCAUCUACGGGGGGGGGGGCGAUAGCAUCUACGCUCGACGAAGCGUUUUCGUGUCAUUCUAGUUCUGUCUGACCAAUUGCGCACGUUUUGAGAUUCAGUAGCGCGAUGCAUCUCAGACCGCUAUAAACUAAAUUCAACCUCAUCAAACUACUAGAACGAUAGGAACUGCUCUUAAAAAGGUCCGACGUCUUCUGCAUGCCAUAGAGAUGAAUUGAGAACUGGAAGAGAGCAGCGUGUGUCACUUCCCCCAAGAUGAACUCUGAGAUUGCUGUCUGCUGUGGAGUGAUGAGGAUGAGGUCGUCGAGUUGGAGCCCAGGAUUGGCUCUCCUGGUGGGUGUGGUCGCCAGUAUCUGUGCCUUUCACCCCACUACUGCCAUAGACAUACCACUGGAGGUUGUAGGUCAUGUAAACAUUGAGCAGCUGCCCACCAUCACAGAGGCCUCCCCCAGCUCUCUGAUCGCCUUCCCCUUCGAUGAGAGCUUCCCCAUGACGUGUGAAGCCAAAGGGAACCCCAAGCCAGAAUUCUGGUGGACGAAGAAUGGGGAAGAGUUUGACCCUUACCAGGACCCAAGGCUGAUCAAGGAGAAAAACUCGGGGACGUUUGUGAUCCCCAACACUGGGAACCUCACAGAGUACCAGGGAAUUUACCGCUGUUAUGCCUCGAAUAAACUAGGGACAGCCAUAACAGAGGAGAUUGAGUUUGUUGUGCCCCAUGUACCGAAGUUUCCUAAGGAGAAGAUUGAUCCCAUCGAGGUGGAGGAGGGUCAGCCUGUCAUUCUGGAGUGUAACCCUCCUAAAGGAAUCCCUCCUUUACAGAUCUAUUGGAUGACCAUCGGCCUUCAGCACAUAGAGCAGGAUGACAGGGUGUCCAUGGGUCUGAACGGCGACCUGUUCUUCUCUAAUGCUCUGGAGAAGGAUAGCCACAGAGACUACUGCUGCUUCGCUGCCUUCCCCAAGAUACGCACCAUCGUACAGAAGAAUGCCAUGUCUGUCAUAGUCAAGAGCAAAAAUUCAAACAAUAACUCAAGUAGCGGUCCAGGUCAUGCCAAUUCAAUCAUGGAGAGAAAACCAAGUCUUCUGAUGCCCUCUGGUGUCAAGUCGAAGACACAGCUGGUGAAAGGUGACGAGCUACUACUGGAGUGCAUUGCAGAGGGCUUUCCAACUCCCAUGAUUGAGUGGUUGAAGAUAGACCACAGGCUGCCUGACAGAGUAACAAUCGAGAACCAUGGGAAACUCCUGAGCAUUGACCAGGUUGAUGAAGACGACAAUGGGAAGUACAUGUGUAAGGCUAUGAACAUCCACGGAAUGGCCGUCCACUACUUUGACGUAUCAGUGGAAGAGCCUCCUCAGUGGGUGUCUGAGCCUGAGAGCCAGCUUAGUAUGAUUGGCUCAGAUGUGCUCAUCAAUUGCUCCGCCACGGGCACUCCUCAGCCCACCAUCCAAUGGAUGGUGAAUGGAAAGCCUAUUGAGGAGGUCCCAGCAUCUAACAGAAAAGAGUUUGAUGACAAAAUUGUCUUGCACAAAGCCAUCUCGACUGACAGUGCCGUCUACCAAUGUGAGGCCUCCAACAAACAUGGAACCCUGCUAGCCAAUGCCAAUAUCAUGAUCAUGAAUCUGCCUCCUAUGAUACUGACAGAGGAAGGUCUGGAGUAUUCAGCUGUGGAGGGGAAGGUUAUAGUGAUGCACUGCAAGGUGUUCAGUUCUCCACCCUCUGCUGUUACCUGGAACAAGGAGGACUCCACAGGAUCUGUGGAGGGACCAAGGUUUACAGUUCACCAGAAUGGAUCAUUGGAGAUCUAUAAUGUGGAAAAAGAAGACAUGGGCCAAUACACAUGUUACACCAAGAAUACUGAAGGGGCGUCUGCUAUCACUGCCCUACUGGAUGUUAAAGAUCCCACAAAGAUAUUCCAGGCCCCGGAAGACUUGCAGGUCCUAAUAGGAACCACCGCCCAGCUCUCCUGCCUGGCGGUGUACGACAACUCAUUCAGUGGCGACUUUGAGAUUGUGUGGGAAAAAGACGACAUGGAGAUAGCCCUAAACCACACAGAGAAUUCUGGAUAUUUCAUAGAGGAUGGCAUACUGCAGAUCGUCAACGUCAGCCACAGAGACCAGGGCAUGUACAAGUGUGUGGCCAGUACUCCAAUGGAUCAGGACACUGCCUCUGCACUACUCAUGGUGCUGGACAUCCCACAUGCACCUGAGAAUUUGGUGCUAUCUGAACACAAGGGCAGAAGUGUGAAGCUCAAAUGGAUCACUGGGGAGGACCACAACAGCUCAACCACUGAGUUCAUUAUUGAGUAUGAGGAGAGCCAGUGGGAGCCGGGGACCUGGAGAGAGCUUCAGAGAGUUCCUGGAAAUCACGGCUCGGCAGUCCUCAAACUUUACGGACAUGUCGACUAUCGCUUCCGAGUGUCUGGAGUUAACACAGUGGGCAGAGGGCGCCCCAGUGAGCCCACAGAGAGAUACAAGACCCCUCCCGCAGCCCCUGACAAGAACCCUGAAAAUAUCAAAAUUGAAGGUCAUUUGCCACAUGAAAUGGAUAUCAACUGGGAGCCAUUGUCCCCCAUUGAACACAAUGGGCCAGGCCUUGAAUAUAAGGUGAGUUAUAAGAGACAGCAUGUGGAGGAGGACUGGCGGGAGCAUGUGGUGAAGAGACACUCGUUUGUGGUGAAGGAUACUCCCACGUUUGUGCCAUAUGAGAUCAGGAUCCAGGCAAGGAACCACCAGGGAUGGGGACCUGAACCCAAAGUGGUGACGGGCUACUCUGGAGAAGACUUCCCCUCUGCGGCUCCUGAUGAUGCAGCGGUGGAGGUGAUGAACAACUCGCUGGUCAAGGUCAGCUGGACGCGUGUUCACAAGAACAAGCUGCAUGGACAUCUAGGAGGCUACAGGAUAAACUGGUGGCGGCUGCGUAGUCUGCUGGACUCAAAGAAGACCUACGGGGACAAACACACUCUGACAUUCCCGGGGGACCGGAACCAUGCCAUGGUACCAGGGCUCACGCCCUUCUCUGAGUACAGCCUCAUCGUCAUGACCUUCAACAGGCGAGGCAAUGGGCCAGGUAGCCACGCCGUCAACUUCAAAACCCCAGAGGGAGUUCCAGAGAAAACCCCAGUUUUCAGGGUCACAGAUGUUCAGAAGCACACUGUCACUCUCAGCUGGGCACCUCCCCUGGAGGUCAACGGAGUCCUUACAGGAUACCUGCUAGAGUAUCAGCUGAUCAACGACACAGAGGAGGUGGGUGUCCUGCAGACUGUGGACAUCAGCAACCCUGACAUCACCACGUGGGUCCUGCAGAACCUGGAGGCCAUCAGCAGAUAUAAGUUCUACCUGCGCCCCUGCACCAGGGUGGGCUGUGGGCCCCGGGUCAGCAAGGAGAGCACCACCACGCCUGAAGCACGCCAGUCUGCCUCGCCCUCACGUCCAAGCACUACAGUCUCCCACAUGGCCAAGUUCCCCCGUUCCAAGAUAGGUAUUCAUACAACCAAUUGUGUUCAAUAUGGCAAUGAUAGCCAUAGGUGAAAACCACAGGAGGCUGGUGAGGGGAUGAUGGCUCAUAAUAAAUGAUGAAAUGGAGUGAAUGGAAUGGCAUCAAGCACAUGGAAACCAUGUGUUUGAUGUGUUUGAUACCAUUCAAUUAUUCCAUUCCUACCAUUACUAUGAGCCCGUCCUCCCCAAGUAAGGUGCCACCAGCCACCUGUAGUGAAAACACUAAACUGUAGUGAUACCAUAUGAUAAAAAUACUCUUCUCUAUUUUGAGCUUAACUUCAAUCAAUAAAAACUAGCUUAAGCAUUGAUGUUGUGUAAGGGCUGUCUAAUGCCUCCUCCUCGGAUGAGGAGGAGGAGUAAGGUUCGGACCAAAACGCAGCGUUUAAUGAAGACAUAAUGAUUUAUUUAAAGGCGAACACGAAAACACUUGGAAACUACAAAACAACAAAACGACGUAGACAGACCUGAACUUGGAACUUACAUAAAAAGACUGGUGAGCAGCUCGUGACUGGAGGGCAGCUCGUGACUGAAGGGCAGCUCGUGACUGAAGGGCAGCUCGUGACUGAAGGGCAGCUCGUGACUGAAGGGCAGCUCGUGACUGAAGGGCAGCUCGUGACUGGAGGACAGCUCAUGACUGGAGGGGUAGCUCAUGACUGGAGGGGUAGCUCAUGACUGAAGGGGUAGCUCUGGCUGCUCAUGGCUGGUUGGCGUCUCUUGCUGCUCAUGGCUGGCUGGCGGCUCUUGCUGCUCAUGGCUGGCUGGCGGGUCUUGCUGCUCAUGGCUGGCUGGCGGAAGGCUCUGGCUGCUCCUGUCUGGCGGACGGCUCUAGCGGCUCCUGUCUGGCGGACGGCUCUAGCGGCUCCUGUCUGGCGGACGGCUCUAGCGGCUCCUGUCUGGCAGAUGGCUCUGAAGGCUCAUGACAGACGGGCGGCUUUGAAGGCUCAGUACAGACGGGCGGCUUUGCAGGCUCAGUACAGACGGGCAGUUCAUGCGGCGCUUGGCAGACGGACAGUUCAGACGCCGUUGGGCAGACGGGCAGUUCAGGCGCCGUUGGGCAGACGGGCAGUUCAGGCGCCGUUGGGCAGACGGGCAGUUCAGGCGCCGUUGGGCAGACGGGCAGUUCAGGCGCCGCUGGGCAGACGGCAGACUCUGGCCGGCUGAGGCGCACUGUAGGCCUGGUGCGUGGUGCCAGAACUGUAAGUACCGGGCUAUGGACACGCACCUUCAGGCUAGUGCGGGGAGCAGCAACAGGACGCACAGGGCUCUGGAGGCGCACAGGAGGCUUAGUGCGUGGUGUAGGCACUGGUGGUAAUGGGCAGGAGAUACGCACCAUAGGGCUAGUGCGUGGAGGAGGAACAGGGCUCUGGAGAUGCACAGGAGGCUUAGUGCGUGGUGCCGGCACUGGUGGUACUGGGCUGAGGCGGGGACGUGGCGCCGGAUAUACCGGAACAUGCAGGCGUACUGGCUCCCUUGAGCACUGAGCCUGCCCAACCUUACCUGGUUGUAUGCUCCCCGUAGCCAGCCCAAUGCGGGGAGGUGGAAUAACCCGCACUGGGCUGUGUAUGCAAACCGGGGACACCAUGCGUAAGGCUGGUGCCAUGUAUGCCAUGUAUUCAUGACAUCUGGCUCAAUACUCAAUCUAGCCCUGCCUGUGCGGGGAGGCGGUAUAACCCGCACUGGGCUAUGCACACUUACAGGAGACACCGUGCGCUCUACCGCAUAACACGGUGUCUGUCCGUACUCUCGCUCUCCACGGUAAGCUCGGGGAGUUGGCGCACGUCUCCUACCUGACUUCGCCACACUCCCUUGUAGCCCCCCCCCC